AUGAUAGUUUUCAAUAAAAUCAGUUCAACAGAGUCCAAUGAAAUCAGUUUAACAGAGUUAAAUAACUUUAUACUUCAGUUUGAUACUUAUGAUAUUAUAAAGUUGCCAUAUAUUAAUUGUCAAUUUAUCUAUAAUAAAGAAUUUGUAAAUUCACCGUAUUGUAAAAGCUUUUCAGAAUUUGAAUAUCCAUCUGAAACUUUAGUAGGACUUGAAAAUUUAGAAAUUUUGCCAGAUUGUAAAAGCUUCUCAGAAUUUGAAUAUCCAUCUGGAACUUUACCAGGCUUAUCUAUCUCUUGA